UACAAGAUAAGAAUAUAUACAUACAUUUCAAUAGAGUAAACUGAUAAAAAAUGGAAGAAGCUCACACAAAUACUCAAACCGGUGGCAAGUUUAUCGAUACAUUUAUCGCGCAAUGGAUGAAAAGAACAGAAAACAAUAUUUCGCUCCACCAGACAGAAGAGGUGCAGGAAAGUUCUUCGCAGAAUGUAUUGCGGGACGAGAAUCGCGUAAUUCAAGAUUUGAGGCGAAAGCUAAGCGAGAGUCAACAGAUGAAGACUUCCUUGUCGGCUUCUUUAGAAGUGGAAAUGCGCCACAGAGAAGAAAUUCAGACGAGACUCACCGCUACCUGGGAAACCAUUGAUACCAUCACAGAAUAUUAUAAUUAUAUUAGCGAAAGCCUCGCUACUUUUCAACAGCACCGCGCUAAUUUGUCCGGUUUGUACGAUAACGUGAUUCUGAAGCAGCAAGAAGCCAUCAAGAAACUUCAAUCGGAUCGCGAUAAUCAUAUCGCACAACUGAAACACAACGCUCGUCACGAGGAAAGACUGCAGGAAGCGAUAACGGAGCAGAACAAGUUGCGGAAACAAUUGGAGAAUUACGAACGCGAACGCGCAUCGCAACAGAAGGAAUUGGCGAACACGCACGCCGAAAAGCUGGCGCACAUCAGAGAACUCGAACAGUUGUCAGUGAAACAUGCGAAUCUACAAUCGCGUCUACAGUCGGUCGAAAAAGAAAAAUGCGACAUCAAGGAUUUGGUCACGCAACUGGAAAACAAAUUGUUAAUGCAAGAAGAGACGAUGCAAAAGCUUGUAACGGAAAAAGAUAAAUUGCAGAAACAAAUAACGAACAUUGAACACGAGUCGAAUGUGCAGAGAGAGAAAUUAGUGAUCGCGCACACUGAAGAAAAGAAAAUGCUUCUUAAGGAACAACACCAAUUGCUAUCGGAAUUAGAGAAUUUAAAACCACGAUUAAACAUGCUAGAGCAAGAAAAAAAAGAUGUUACAGAAAUAAUCAUGCAGAAAGAUGCGCUUCUUUCAAACCUUGAAAAUGAAAUUUCUACUUACAAAAAUCAAAUAAAGGACGCGGAGCAAAAUUCACACAUGGAGAAAAAUAAAUUAGUGAGUCUACACGCUGAAGAAAAGAAAAUAUUGCUUGAAGAUAAACAACAAUUGUUAUCAGAAGUGGAAAAUUUAAGAUCACGAUUAAACAUAUUUGAGCAAGACAAACAAAAUAUUACAGAAAUAGUCGCGCAGAAAAAUGCGCUGCUUUCAGACCUUGAGAAUGAAAUUUCUAUUUACAAAAAUCAAAUAAAGAGCGUAGAGCAAAAUUCACAUAUGGAGAAAAAUAAAUUAGCGGCUCUACACGCUGAAGAAAACAAAAGGCUUCUUGAAGAUCAACAACGAUUAUUAUCAGAAUUAGAGAAUUUAAAAUUGCGAUUAAACAUGUUAGAGCGAGACAAAAACGAUAUUACAGAAAUAAUUGCACAGAAAGAUCUGCUUCUUACAAGUCUUGAGAAUGAAAUGUCUAGUUACAAAAAUCAAAUGAAAAGUGCAGAGCAAAACUCGCAUAUGGAGAAAAAUAAAUUAAUGAAUGUACACGCUGAAGAAAAGAAAAUGCUAGUUGAAGAACAAAAGCGACUGUUAUCAGAAGUGGAGAAUUUACAAUCACUAUUAAACACGUUGGAGCAAGACAAAAACGAUAUUGCGAAAACAAUCGCGCAGAAAGACGCGCUUAUUUCACACCUUGAGAAUAAAGUUUCUACAUAUGAAAAUCAAAACGAAGCGAUAGUGAAGAAACAAAAUACGCUGGAAGAAACACUAUCUACAAAAACGGAAACGAUUCAGAAUUUACUGACAAUAUCAAGUGGGGCUAAACAAAGAGAAACCAAGCUCAUUAAUGACGUGAAUAGAAUGGAGAAAAAAUUAAAUAGCGAGAUAGAGUAUUCUAAGAAUCUCAAAGAUAAGCUUUCGAAAGCGCACACAGAUUUGCAGUUAGCGCAGGUGAAAAACGUUGAGAUGGAAAAGAAUCUGGAAAAGAUGAAGACCGCCACCGAACUUCAGCAACGUGAAAAUAUCGAACUUCAAGAACAACUGAAGAAUCUUCAGAAAGAAAAGGAAGAAAUUCUGGAGCGGCAAGCCAGAAGUGAGAACGUUCUUAUUAAAUCCACAACCGAUCAAGAGCGGUCGAGGGAACAAAAAAGCGUGAAACGCAAAUACGAUAACUUAUUUGAUUCCUACAUUACAGAAAUAAACGAGGAUGGUCAGAGCAAUGUUUCUACAUCUGCGGAAUUCAAUGAUGACGAUAAUAAUGAACCGUCAUCGCCCGCGGAUAGUCGAUCAUCGCAGGUACUGAAUACGCACACAAACCGCACAUUGUACUCGACAGAGAGGGAAAGUCAGAAAGAGCAAGAGGCGGAAGUUACAUCAGUGGGAAAGAAAUUCUUCCACUCGCGUUCCGCUCAACGACGUACCUACUCCAGGCGACAACGUUAGGGAGAUCUACAAAGAAAUUCCUGAAUAGAAGAUCUGAGGAUAUUGCUGCUUCGGACCAAGUACAUUUGAGCGAUGAAGAUUUGUUUUUUUUUCUCAUUUUUUUUUCAUCUCUUUGUUAUAUUA